AUGUCUCUAUAUGCUAAGUUCAUGAAGGAAAUAUUGAAUAACAAGAGGGAUUGGAAGGAAGUAGAGAUAGUGGUGCUUACUAAGGGGUGCAGUGCAGUCAUUCAGAGGAAUCUUCCUGAGAAACUACAAGAUCCUAGGAGCUUUGUGAUUCCUUGUACCAUUGGAAAGAAUCUUAUUCGGAAGGCCUUAUAUGAUCUCGGAGCAAGCAUCCACCUCAUGCUACUAUCAUGGGUGAGGAAUUUCCAAAUUGAGGAAGUAAAUCCUACCCGUAUCUGUCUCCAGCUGGCUGAGCGUUCUAUUAAGUUUCUCUUCGGAGUGGUGGAGGACCUACUUCUGAAAGGUAAAUUGACUUUGAGGGACACUGAGGACAAGGUUGUCCUUAAUGUGCUUGAGGCAUUACAGCAUCCCAGUGAUUCUAAGGGAUGUAUGAGAGUAGAUAUUAUUGAGCCAUUGAUCCAAGAAGUUUUUGAAGUGGAUGAGCUUGAUGGUGAUCUGGAUUCCUCUUGGUUUACUUGA